AUGUGCAAGUCAAUAGGAGAUAGCAAAAGUCAAACACCAUACUACUACAACUACGACUACAAUGCCUUGGUCACGCAACAGGGUCAAGGUCAACAACAACCGCAACAACAAUUUGGAGCAUACGGCGACAGUCACGGCCACGCCGAGGCCGCACGAAUGACAAUGACAAUGACCCAAACCCGAACCCAACACCAGAACCCUAACUCACCGCCAACAUACUCUGAAGCCAUCGACGAAUCCAUCAAGUCCAAUUCCAAGGCUGCCGAAGUAGGAGCAUAUGCCUAUCCCUAUCCCUAUCCCUAUCCCCAUGCCCAUGCCCAACCGCUUCCAUCAUCCCGUCUCUCCCCAGCUUCAUCCCAAUCACAGUCACAGUCACAGUCACGAUCCCGCGUCGCCAAACCAAUCGCCAUCCCCGCAACCCUCGCGCGCUACGGCUCGCCGUUCCUGCGCGCCUACCCCCCCUGUCUGGCCGAAUACCACAUCUCGCCCACGUUAUUUCUCUCCUUUUUGGACACCUUGAACCGCGUGGCCGUGAAGUCGCCACCCUUGCAGGCCCUCAGCCUGGCCGGGAACAUGGUCGGCUUCGUGCCGGAGCCGACCGCCCAGAUCGUCGGGGCGGCCGUGAAUCUCACUGCCGAGAUCUCUGCGGGGGUGGUGCAGCGCGGACGCACCGAGAUCGAGUUGAGGCGCGCAAACACCGACAUCUUCAACCCCCGGGGGCUGAAAGUCGAGAUCGCAAAGACCGAAGCACUCGCAAAACUGGUCGGGAUGGACGGCGUCUUCGACGACAGGGGCAAGCUCAACAAGAACGCGAGGCUCUUAUUGCCCCUGGAAGGCGUCGCGGAAGCAGACGCAGGUUCUCCUGCACAAUACGACGACAACGUCAGCGGCCAGCAGCGCAGGCUGGACGCCAUGAGGCCCUGGAUCGCCGAGCUGGAAGUGACACCUCUCCCGCUGAUCGACGUGCCCACCAACGCACUUUCGCAGCUAACUGUCAAAAUGAGCGAGAUGGACAGGCGGAACGGGGAGAAGAAACUCGUCGCUAAGCGAAACAAACUCCAAAACGAGUACAGGAAGGAAGCCGCCAAGGCCCAGAUGGAGUUUGACAGGGAGAUGGCAAAACUCAACAAGGACGUCGAGAAGCACUUGCGCGAAAUCGACGACAAAUUGGCCGACGCCACGCGGAAGCAGAAGUCGAGGGACGUCGCCAAGCUGGAGAGAGACAGGCAGAGAGUGUUGGACAGGUAUGAUAGGGAAAGGAGGAAGGAGGAGAAGGAUUUCCAAAAAGAUAUGAGAGAAGUUGAAAAGGAUCGGAUGAGUGACGACACAGAAGAGAAGAGCAUGCGCAAGCUCAACUGGCUGGUAAUAAGGAACUUGAAUGCUUGGAGUGGUGACGGGCCGAAUCCGGAUCUGCCGGUAGUAUAG